AUGUUUUUUAAAAAUGGUCCAGAAUACGAGGAACGACUCAAGCGACCAUUCGUUCCUCCCACGUUUACACUAAAGGAAGUGCAUGAUGCCGUGCCCAAGCAUUUGCUCAGGAAAAAUCAACGAAAGGCAGCUCUAUAUGUCAUUCGCGAUAUCGUAUUCACCUCGCUCCUAUAUAAAUUCGCAUAUUCGAUCACACCUUGGGCGGCGAGUGAUUUCGGGGGAUAUGUGACGGAAGGAUGGCAGAAGACCCUUUUGAAAGCGUCGAUGUGGGGAUUUUAUUGGUGGUUCCAGGGACUCGUAUUUGCUGGGAUUUUCUGUCUUGGCCAUGAUGCCGGACACACUUCCCUUUUCGAAAGCAAUAAAAUUAACAACACAGUUGGUUUCCUCCUCCAUUCUUACUUGCUGAUCCCAUACUUCUCGUGGCGCUCAACCCAUCACGCUCAUCAUAAAGCAACAGGUUCUAUGGAGCGAGACGAAAACUAUGUUCCAUAUACCCGCAGUCAAUUCAACCUUCCAUCCGAAAAAUUGGCCAAGAGCACAGAUUAUUCUGAAAUCUUCGAGGAGACACCAUUGUACACCCUCUACAGGAUGUUCAUCAUGCAGGGCUUCGGGUGGUGGGUUUACCUUGCGCGUAACACCAUGGGGUCUCCAAUGUACCCCCCCGGCACCAACCAUUUUAGUCCAUAUUCGCCACUCUUUAAAAAGGAGCAACGCUUUUCAAUUUUCAUGUCCAAUGUCGGCCUCGGCGCCAUGUCCUUCAUACUGUACAAACUUGGAAGGGAAUUCUUCUUGUGGUAUUAUUUGGCGCCAUAUGUCCUCGUCAACCACUGGAUUGUGAUGUUCACCUUCCUUCAUCACUCAGAUCCCACUAUCCCCCAUUAUCGCAAGGGAGAAUGGUCCUUCCUCCGAGGCGCCGUUGGCACCGUUGACAGACCGCUACUCGGGUGGAUGGGCAGGUUCUUCUUCCACAACAUCAGUCACGACCAUGUCGCGCAUCACUUCUUCCUUCGCGCUCCAUUCUAUAACGGGCCGGAAAUCACCAAAGCGGUGAAGUCUGUCUUGAAGGAGGAUUACAAUUACGACUCAACGCCCUCUUUCUAUGCCCUCUACCGCUCAUUUACACAAUGUCUCUUCAUUGAAGAUGAAGGUGAUAUUGUAUUUUACAAGAACAAGGAAGGGAAGGCAGUGCGUGAGUUGAAGGAAUCUGUAAUGGAAGAGAUCAAAGCAAAAGGAUGGGAUCCGGCGGAACAGGAUAAAUUAAGCGAGGAGGAGAGCAAGGCGAAUUGA